UUUCCUGCCGUCGAUUAGCAAUUUCUUUUCACAGCAUUUAUUUCCUUCUUUUCAUCUUUGAUCUUCGUUACGUGCAGACAUGGCUUCUAAAGUUUCACGUGAUACGUUGUAUGAGAGUGUCAAUGCUAUCUUGGGUUUUUCGCAAACAAAAAAGCGUCAUUUUCUGGAAACCGUGGAAUUGCAAAUUGGUUUAAAGAACUAUGAUCCUCAAAAGGAUAAGCGUUUCUCCGGAACUGUCAAAUUGAAGCACAUACCCAGGCCCAAAAUGAAGGUUUGCAUUCUUGGUGAUCAGCAGCAUUGCGAUGAAGCCGCGGCUAACAACAUUGAAUGCAUGGAUGCCGAGGCUUUGAAAAAACUAAAUAAGAAUAAAAAGUUAGUCAAGAAACUGGCUAAAUCGUAUGACGCUUUUUUGGCUUCAGAGUCGCUGAUUAAGCAGAUUCCUAGGCUCCUGGGUCCUGGUUUAAACAAGGCUGGCAAAUUCCCUGGUUUACUUUCUCAUCAAGAAUCGAUGACUUCCAAAAUUGAAGAAGUUAAGUCAACAAUAAAAUUCCAAAUGAAGAAAGUUUUAUGCUUAUCUGUAGCCGUUGGUCAUGUGGAUAUGAAACCCGAUGAAUUGGUUCAGAAUAUUCAUUUGUCUAUUAACUUUUUGGUAUCGCUUCUAAAAAAGAAUUGGCAAAAUGUGCGCUCUUUGCAUAUCAAAACAACAAUGGGUCCGCCUCAGCGUCUCUACUAAAUUUUUAAGUUGUAAAUGGAAAAUAAAGUUAAAUUAUGCCUGAAUUGCUCUGUUUGAAGCGAAA